AUGGAUCUGUGGCGAGGCUACGGCUACUACCCGCCGUCACUGGCAGCCGCCUCCACCGGCGGUCCCAUAUCACAACCGGUGCCUACGCAUUUAGGCCCAUCAUUCGGUCCACCGCUUGGGCAUACGUUAGGUCCGUUUCCUAUCGACAAUGGACAUACGGGUGUUAAUCAACUCGGCGGCGUUUUCGUCAACGGUCGUCCGUUGCCGGAUCAUAUUCGCGGCCGCAUCGUCGAAAUGGCACAUCAAGGAGUUCGACCGUGUGAUAUCUCCAGGCAGUUGAGGGUCAGCCACGGGUGUGUGUCGAAAAUUCUUGGACGAUUUUACGAGACUGGUUCGGUAAAACCAGGUGUAAUCGGCGGGUCAAAACCGAAGGUAGCAACUCCGAGGGUUGUCGGUUGUAUUGCAGCUUACAAGAGGGCGAAUCCUACGAUGUUUGCCUGGGAAAUCAGAGAAAAACUGUUACAGGAGCGAGUAUGUGAUCCGGACAACGUUCCAUCGGUCUCAUCGAUUAAUCGGAUUGUUCGAAAUAAGGCAUCAAUGGCGACGAGUCCGACGGGUGUCACACCAGCACCGGCACUCAUCGCCCCGCCUCGAGCUAAUCAUCAGCACUACCAGCCCAAUGCCGCUUAUUCAAUAAACGACAUUCUCGGCUUCGAACAAAAACACAAGGAAUGGCUACGUGGCAAAGAGGACUACGCAAUGGAUUGGAUGCGACCGUCAUUACCAGCGACCGCCGCCUCAUACAGUACAAUCGGCAGCAUUGCUAAUAACACCAGCACUACCGUUGUAGCCACCCUGGACAAACCAUCGCAGCAUCCGCCGAACUCGUUCCUGUUACCGUAG